AUGAGUAUGCAAGACGCGUUUGACGCCUAUCGGGCUGUGUGGCGCGCGAAAGCGGGUCUCGCGCCUGAUUCGCCGAAGCAGGGCUCCGCGGAACCUCUGCCAUCCGCGCCCCACCCAACCACUCUCAAGCCGAAGCGCAAGCUUCCUAGCCCCAUCAACCUUCUGAUGUCGUCCGCCGCCGACGAGAACGCGGUCCCUGGACCGGAUGCUCCUCUGGAGGGUCGCCCACCCACAGACCCUGCCAAGUUUGCUGAAGACCCGCGCAUUUCGUGGUCACAGCUUGACAACGCCUGGAUCCUGGAGAGAGAAGAUGGCGAAGAACUCAAGUUUGAUACAACCCUGAAGCGUUGGAUCUUGGAUGUCGACCCGGAGUUGAUCCGCAUGCAACAGUCUGCCUACAUCCCCAAGGAUUACGACGAGAAUGAUGAUGCCACCCACCCUCGUGACCGCAAGCGCAAGAUUGCUGAGGUCGAAGAGCCCGAAGCCCCAAAGCCCCGCGAGAAUACCGCUGUGUGGGUGACCCGGAUUCCCCUCGAUGCCACAAAGGAGGAGAUUCGCGAUCUUUUCGCCAAAUAUGGAGUUAUUGCAGAGGAGAUCGACAGUGGUGACGCUAAGAUCAAGAUGUACCACGACGCCGAGGGCAACUUCAAAGGCGAGGCACUGGUUGUUUACUUCCGUCCCGAAUCCGUCAGCUUGGCGAUUGAGAUGCUUGACGAGACCGAUUUCCGUUUUGGUGUGACCGCCCCCGGUGGCCCGAUGCUCGUUGAGGUCGCCGACUACUCCUACAAGGCAACCCAGCCGGAGCCCGCGAACAGACCCCAGCGCAGCAAGAAGGACCAGGAGAAGAUUAAGGAGCGCACCAAGCGCCUGAAUAGCAAACUCACCGACUGGGACGAUGACGACGUCAAGCCCGUCACCAAGAAGCCGACCAAGCUUGACAAGAUCGUUAUCCUCAAGCACAUGUUCACCUUGAAGGAACUGGAGGACGAUCCUGCAGCCAUCUUGGACAUCAAGGAGGAUAUUCGUGACGAGUGCGCCAAGAUUGGCGAAGUCACCAACGUCGUGCUCUAUGACGAAGAGCCGGAAGGCGUGGUCACCGUGCGAUUCAAGGAUCCGGUGGCUGCACGCCUCUGCGUGCGGAAAAUGCACGGACGGAUGUUCGGGGGAACCGCCGUCGAGGCAUACGUCUCCGAGACCCGGGAGCGAUUCCGGAAGUCGACCCGCCGGGAUGACUCCUCGGAUGAUGAGGAGGAGAAGAAGCGCCUCGAGCGCUUCGGCAACUGGCUGGAGGGCGGCGACAAAAAGGCCGAGUGA